GAUGAUCUUAAAGCAACUUUAACGGCAAAGAACCGAGAAGCCAAGCAAUUAUCUCAGCUGGAAAAGACACGUCAGCGGAAUCCAUCAGACCGACACAUUAUUUCACAGGCUGAAAGUGAAUUGCAGAGAGCUUCACUGGAUGCAACUCGAACAACUCGGCAAUUAGAGGAGACCAUUGAUAAUUUUGAGAAACAGAAAAUAAAGGACAUAAAAAACAUAUUUUCUGAAUUUAUAACUAUUGAAAUGAUAUUCCACGGGAAAGCUUUAGAGAUAUAUACUGCUGCCUACCAAAAUAUCCAAAAUAUUGAUGAAAAUGAAGAUUUAGAGGUUUUUCGGAGCUCACUUUAUCCACCAGACUAUCAGUCUCGCUUAGACAUAGUUCGUGCAAAUUCAAAGUCUCCGCUGCAAAGAACUGGCUCCUUAAAAUCUUCAUUGAGGACAGUACAGAUUUCCAGCAGUAUGCUAAGAAAAGACGAAGAAGAGGAGGAGGAAGACGAUGAAGAUGAGGAAGAGGAGGAGGAGGAGGAGGAGGAAGAGUUAGAGGCUGCUAAGGAAGUGAGAUAA